UACACAUACCUGAAGAACACCUGAGCCGUUUGACAGCACGAUCAGGAUUGGAGCUACUGACAAGCAUCAGACCCCUGUUAAUUUUUUGUAUGACAUCUGGUCAACAGUGCACUUAGUUUAUAUUAAAACAAAUAUGGUUUGGUCUGACUUCACGGGAGCCUGUCAGUGUCUGGGGAUAGAGCAAACCUAUAGAACAAUCACAGAAGAAGGAGAUCGGUCUGCUAACAUCCUUGAGAAGGAAUGGGUCUGUCAGUCAUUGAUAUUUUGUGCACCAAUCACAGAAGCUCAUUCAUGUGUAAACUGCCUAUCCCAGAUGACAGAGCAAUGUUAAAGCAGAGCUUUCAGAGGAAACGGACACAAUAAAACUGAAUUAUAAACAUCCUUCCUAUGCAGCGAGAAAAAGAAAUGAGGACACCUGGAAUACACAGCUAAAAUGAUGAUCAAAUACAAUAAGCUCUUUAUCUUUCUAAACAGAACUUUGGGCAAAAUGACUCUUUAUUUCCCUUUUUUCAUCUUUGUGACAACACUCGGAGUUGUGCUUUUGUUCUUUUGGAAUUUCAGUCAAUUGAAUAGACACAAUUACUUACACAGAUACCAGUUUUCCCAUGAUGCAUUGCUGCUAGACGCUGAAUGUGACACACUGGCAAAAAAGAAAAAAUCUUUUAUUUGGGUAAACUCCUUAAUACCUUUUAAGAGACUGAAAUGUGAGGACGGAUACCUAAUACAAAACCACUACAUCACCGCUCCCCUCUCAGCAGAAGAAGCUGAUUUCCCCCUAGCUUACAUAAUUGUAGUGCAUAAAGAAUUUGACACAUUUGAGAGGUUGUUUAGAGCAAUCUACAUGCCGCAGAAUGUAUACUGUAUCCAUGUGGAUGAGAAGGCGAGCGCUGAUUACUUGCAGGCUGUAGAUGAUUUAAUAAACUGUUUUCCUAAUGCUUUUCUUGCCUCAAAAAUGGAGCCUGUGGUGUAUGCUGGAAUAUCCAGACUCCAGGCUGAUCUGAACUGCAUGAGAGAUCUGCUGGAAUCAGAGGUACAGUGGAAAUAUGUGAUCAAUACUUGUGGACAGGAUUUUCCAUUAAAGACAAACAAGGAGAUUAUGCAGCAUUUGAAAAGCUUUAAAGGGAAAAACAUCACCCCCGGCGUGUUGCCUCCAGAUCAUGCCGUCCCCCGGACCAAAUAUGUUCAUCGUGAGGAUAUAGUCAAUUCCAAUGUGAUAAGGACCAAUAUAUUAAAGCCUCCCCCUCCUCAUAAUAUCACCAUCUACUUUGGGUCAGCAUACGUUGCACUCACAAGGGAAUUUACAGCGUUUGUUCUGAAUGACCAGAGAGCUGUGGAUCUACUGAAAUGGUCUAAGAACACUUACAGUCCAGAUGAACAUUACUGGGUGACAUUGAACAGAAUAGCAGAGUUUCCAGAGUCCAUGCCAGAUGCUAAAUGGGAAGGUAACCUCAGAGCGAUAAAGUGGAGUGAUGACAGUAGUCAUGAUGGCUGCCAUGGCCAUUAUGUCAGAGAUGUUUGUGUAUAUGGGACAGGAGAUUUACAGUGGCUGUUCAAUUCCAAUGAACUUUUUGCAAACAAAUUUGAGCUAACAAGCUACCCUCCUACAGUGGAGUGCCUGGAACUUAGAAUACGGAACAAGACAUUGGCUGAAAGCGAAACUGCACUACAACCUCUCUGGUUAUUUUAAUUGCUAUGAAAAUUUAUUAAAACCAAUAUUUUUAAUAACUUUGUGCAUUAAACAAAGUGUGUGUACAGUCGCACAAUUAAUUUAUGUUUCAUAUACACCUUAUACACACAGCCUGAAGGUCAUUUAAUACAAUAUUUUUAAUAACUUUCUGUAUUAAACAAAGUUUGUGUACAUUGAGCCAUCAGAAAACAAAAGUUUCACUAUCUCACUCAAAAAAUGCCGUAUUUCGGUAUACAGUAUUCCGUAUUUCGGAAUAUUUGGAUAUGCAGGGACGUGCAGUCAGGGGAGGCAGUGCCUCCCCUGUCAUUAAUGAUUAAAAUAAUACAAAGAAGAUACUUAUGACACAUAUUCUGUGUCAUAAGUAUCUGCUGUAGCCUUUACAUUAUUUUAAUCAUUUAAACACACUUAAAAAAUGGUUUUGUGUGUGUUCCAGAGGUACCGCUCUCGGUGCCUCCAGCUAACAAUGUGAAACAGCCGGAAGUGGGGGGCAGGGACAAGCAUCGGGCAGUAGAAGCCCAUUAAAAAAAUCCCUAUAAGCGACACCUGCUAGGAGUGCCGCUUUGACACGCCCCUAUCACUUUGUUAGCUAUGAUUGGCCAGUGGCAGUGCCCCCACCCCUGUCAUCUGAGAUUUUAUUUAAAUAUGUGGCCCGCCCCCCUAAGCCUGUCUCCCAGCAAUAGCAGUCAGCCAGUCAGAGGACACAGGAGGUGACUGGCUGUUUCCUCCUGUAGCGGCGGAGACAGGGUCAGCAUGCAGCGGGGAGAAGCAGCCAAUCAUAGCCUGCGGUGUCUCCCGCCAGUCCGGCACGGUUUCAAUCCCCCUCACCGCAGCGCUGCACACUGACCUGGGCUCUGCCGCCAGCACCAUGAAUCUGUGCUGCAGCGCUGGCCCCGCUCACCCAGCACAGCUCCACCUCCUCCCCGCUGCACGCUGACCCUGUCUCCGUCACCAGCACCAAGAGACUGGUCCCGCUCACCCGGCACAGCGCCUCCUCCGCAAUGGUGAGUGCAGCUCCGCAUCUGCCCUGUGCCCCCAGCCCGACGCUGUCGGGGGAGGGGGGGGGGGAGCUACUGCAAUGUGUCUCAGUGCUCUACCUGGUGCAAUGUGUCUCAGUGCAAUACCUAGUGCAAUGUGUCUCAGUGGUCUCAGUGCUCUACCUGGUGCAAUGUGUCUCAGUGCAAUACCUGGUGCAAUGUGUCUCAGUGCUCUACCUGGUGCAAUGUGUCUCAGUUCUCUACCUGGCGCAAUGUGUAUAAUGCCUCUACCUGGCGCAAUGUGUCUCAGUGCUCUACCUAGCGCAAUGUGUCUCAGUGCAAAACCUGGCGCAAUAUGUAUAAUGCCUCUACCUGGCGCAAUGUGUCUCAGUGCUCUACCUGGCGCAAUGUGUCUCAGUGCGCGCAAUGUGUCUCAGUGCUCUACCUGGUGCAAUGUGUCUCAGUGCAAUACCUGGCGCAAUGUGUAUAAUGUGCUCUACCUGGCGCAAUGUGUCUCAGUGCUCUAUCUGGCGCAAUGUGUCUCAGUGCUCUGCCUGGUGCAAUGUGUCUCAGUGCAAUACCUGGUGCAAUGUGUCUCAGUUCUCCACCUGGCGCAAUGUGUAUAAUGUGCUCUACCUGGCACAAAGUGUAUAACGUGCUCUGCCUGGCGCAAAGUGUAUAAUGUGCUCUGCCUGGCGCAAAGUGUAUAACGUGCUCUGCCUGGCGCAAAGUGUAUAACGUGCUCUGCCUGGCGCAAAGUGUAUAACGUGCUCUGCCUUGUGCACAGUGUAUAACGUGCUCUGCCUGGCGCAGUGUGUAUUGGAGGUUCUACCUGGUGCAAUGUGUAUUAGCUUCACUACGGCACGCAAUGCCCAUACUUUUGCAUGUUGGAAGGGGAGCACCAAUUCACUUUCUGCCUUAGGACACCAAAAUGUCUACUUACAGCUCUGGUUCAGUGUCCUGUAUGCUACACAGCCCUGCAGCAUUGUCACCCCCCUCCUCCUUUCAACACUUUGUAGUGUCCAAAUCAAGUGUUUUUAUAUUUUAAUAAUAAAAUUAAUAAAAACCUUCAUUCCGAUGGGACCCAGAAAAGGACAGAUAGGACCCCAAUUUUUCAAAAGUGAGGGGUCCCUGGGACCCAGUUUUUUUUUAGACUCAGUGCAAUCACUGGGGUGUACAUAUACAAGGAAUUCGCCACUCAUAUCAAACAGUCCAGCGUCCUGGGUGCCCUCCAAUGCAGGGGUGAAAGAAAGAGUGAUCUGGCGUCACUCAUGGUCGCAGUAUAAAUAAUAAGGUGGUUACAUCUGUAUACUUCUCAACGCUUCAAUUUUAUGAAAUCAUUUUCAGCUGACGUCAUGCUCGCUGCGAAUGGGCACCAUUCUGACAUCAGUGGAAGUUUGGGACAGCAGUAAGCUUAGCAGCACAUGGGGCUUGGUGAAGAGUGUUUAAGGUAAGCCACAGUUAUCUUAUUUUACUCUUGAUGAAAAUUUUGUUAUGAAAUUGAAACAUUAAAAAGUUUAUAGGUGUAACCGCCUUAUCAAUAUUUAUACACUGACCGGGAGUUCCGCCAGAUCACACCUUGUUUAUAUAUAUAUAUAUAUAUAUAUAUAUAUAUAAUAUAUACAAAAUGAAAGUAGUCAGCGCCUUUCAAUGCCCAGAGAAGAAAAAUAGGGGAGAGGACUAUGGUUAUGUGAACUAGAGGUGGUGACGAAAUUGGAAAAAAACACUUAUCUCAAUAGGAAAUCUUCAGUCCUCAGACCAAUAGUAAUUCAUAAUGAUAUGCAAAAGAGAAGAAACAACAAAUGGUGUGUACCGUUUUAACCUAUAUGUACUCUCAUAACAUUUUGCUACUAAGUGGGUGUUAAUGGAAAUAAUCCCAAAAUAUCACACUCCACAGUGUUAUAGCAGAAAGAAUUUUUCACAUAUGUUUAAUUAGUACAUCAAUAGAUCCAGGGUUAAAAAUGAGCAGGUAUCACACGUACAAAAAACAAAAGUUCUAAAAGCUUAUCUGUCCAUCAUAAGAGGGUCCAGGGUAGUUCCAGUGUGUGUGUAUAUAUAUAUAUAUAUAUAUAUAUAUAUAUAUAUAUAGGACUUGCACAGGGGGCGUUGGCACGGUGGUCACAUCCAGAGGCACGGUGCUGACAUGAGGUACAGGGCCCCCUGUCUGAAGUGCCCUUGGCCCCCUGAAGGCUUGAUCCAGCUCUGUGGCAGCGAUCUCCUCUCUUGUUCCAGCAGCCUGCAGUGCACUCACCAGCCAGCGCAGGCCGCACAGCCCUGUUAUCGCCGUGGCCCGCAACAGGCUAUGAUCUAUGUGGGAGAUUGGCGGGUACUUUAUUUUGACAUGGGCUAAGCUCACCCAUGCUGUAUUGGGGACCCAAUGCUGUACAGCGUGUAUUGUAUGCUGUAUGCAUACUGCUGACAGAGUGGGACAGUAAUGUGCUCUCCCUAGUAUCACCCUCUCCCAGUCACCCAUAGCUGGCACCAACUGCUGUCACCCUCUCCCUGUCACCCACAGCUGGUAUCGACUGCUGGCAGCCUCUCCCUGUCACCCACUGCUGUCACCAUGUCGCUGUCACCCUCUUCCUGUCACCAGCUCCCUGGCAUCACCCUUUCCCUGUCACCUACUCCUAUCACCCUCUCCUGGCAUCACCCUCUCCCUGUCACCCACAGCUGGCACCGACUGCUGGCACCAUCUCACUGUCACCCUCUUCCUGUCUCCAGCUCACUGCUGUCACCCUCUCCCUGUCGCUCACUGCUGUCAUACUCUGCCUGGCAUCACCCUCAACCUGUCACCCACUGUUGUCACCCUCUCCCUCUCACCCUGGCAUCACCCUCUCCCUGUCACCCACUGCUGUCACCCUCACUCUGGCAUCACUCUCUCCCUGUCACCCACUGUAUCUCCCCUGCAUCACUGUCUCCCCAUCACUAUCUCUCUCGUGUCACCCUCUGCAUUUCCAUCAUCCUCUCCUCAUCAUACGGACAUGCCUCUUGGUGUGAGGCCACACCCUCACUGCAAGACCACAACCAGUUUUCUGGGAGCACGUGUGCCUUCGGUGCAUGCAGGGACAGUGGCGGUAGCGGGCAUCAGCACGGAGGCGGUAGCAGGCAUCAGCGGGACUCGGCAGACAUUAUGGCUGCAGGGCCUCACCAGCCACUGACCUCACCGCACUGUGGAUAUGGGAUACUCAACCUGUAUAAUAAGUAUAAAAUGUUAUUUAUAUUUUUUCUUCCUGGCCCAUUCCACCUGAUCAGACACAAUAAGCAGCACACAUGGUAAGGUAGAUUUGUAUAUUAUUUUCUUUAAUUAAUACUUCAGAACUCCAGAUGGCACUGUGUAUUUAAUAAAUGUUGUUCAUACAAGUAAA